AUGUUUUGUUGGUCGACUAUAAUCGUGACAAUAAUUAUUUCAUUCGGACUUUUUAUUGGUACUGAACUGUCUGGCUACAAUGCUGAAACACUGUCAAAGCCUGUUAUCAGAGAAAGCUGUACUUGUGACUGUUGGGACGGAUUCUAUCGUGGAGUUCAUCCACGUGGCGGCUAUAAAGCAAUCUAUUUCAAUUAUGAACUACAAACCAUUCUUCUAUUUGGUAUUCUUCUUUUCUAUGCUCAACUACUUCGCUUUUAUCUAGUGAAAAUUGCAACAGCUCGUCAAUUAAAUCUUUUAUUGCUCAUUGUUCCGAUCUAUGCGAAUUAUUAUGGUAUUUGGAACAUAAUUAAUUAUUUGAAUGAUCACGAUUAUCAUCGUAUGUUACCAUCACAAACAUUUUUCACCACGACAGAACUUGUUGCUAGCUAUCUUUUCUACCGGUGUUUAUUGCGACAAAAAUCUGAUAAUAUGAUAGAACCAUGGAUGAUCUAUAUAUUGACAAUAAUUUGUUCUCUUCAUCUCUUACUUGCUGUCGGUGAAUUGAAUGUACCAAGAAUAACAAGAAAUAUCUUAUUAAUUAUCUCCGAUAUCAUUCCUCUCGGUUGGAUAACAUUUCUUAUGAUUAGAAAUGCUGGUUUACGCCCAGAUCGAUCAACCAUAUUUACAUAUUUGGGACUUGGUCUGGGUCUCUGGGUAUUUUAUCAUGUCAUCUGCCCAUAUCGAGAUUGA